AUGAAGGCUCUCCUCACCCUGGGACUUCUGCUGCGUUCUGUUCCUGUCCAGGCCAAGGUCUAUGAACCCUGUGAGCUCGCCAGAAUUCUGAAAGCACAUGGGAUGGAUGACUACUAUGGAGUCGGCCUGGCAAGCUGGUUAUGCUUAGCGCACAAUGAGACUGGCUAUAACACCCAAGCCACAAAGUACAACCCUGGAGAUCAAAGCACAGACUAUGGGAUAUUUCAGAUCAACAGCCAAUACUGGUGUGAUGAUGGCAAAACCCCAAGAUCAGUGAACGGCUGUGGGAUCCCCUGCAGUGCUCUGCUGCAGGAUGACAUCACUCAAGCCACACAAUGUGCAAAGAGGGUUGUGAGGGAUCCACAGGGCAUUCGAGCUUGGGUGUAUUGGAGAACCAAGUGUCACAGAGGAGAUCUGUCUCAGUAUAUUCAGGGCUGUGGAGUCUAA